AUGGCCUCCAUAUUCCAGCCUGUUCGGCAAAAUGGCACCAACCCAUCAACUGCCAGCAAAGUGCUUCAUCCCAACAUCUACACGCCGAACCCCAAAGUCGUUUCAGCAAAAGGCAGUUAUAUAAUUCUAGACAAUGGCUCGAAGAUCUUAGAUGCAAGUGGGGGCCCUGGUGUGGUUUGCAUCGGCCAUGGCAACACUGAAGUAAGAGAUGCCGUUGUCGCCCAAAUGGAUCGGCUCUCUUAUUGCCACAGUUUGACGUUCGCCAACGAAGCAGCUGAAGACCUAGCUAGAGAGAUUGUGGAUUCAACUAAUGGAGUGAUGGCUAGAGCUACUAUUAUGUGUUCAGGCUCUGAGGCCGUCGAGGCAGGUUUGAAGCUCGCGAGACAAUACUUUGUCGAUAAAGGAGAGAUGCAGAGGGUGCAUUUCAUUGCACGCAAAGGCGCUUUCCACGGCACAACUCUGAGUUCUUUGGCACUGACAGCAAAGGCAGCGGUGCAGAAACCGUUUGAACCCAUCAUGUUGAACGACAACGUCUCUUUUGUUUCAAUGCCUAACCUCUAUCGGGGAAUGCAUCCUGGCGAGACAGAGGCUCACUACGUUGACCGGCUUGCAAGGGAACUAGAUGAAGAGUUUGAGCGCAUAGGGCCCAGUAGGGUCUGCGCAUUUGUUGCGGAAACCGCAUCUGGCACCUCUAUGGGUUGUCUCACCGCGCCGUCGGGAUAUUUCAAGGCAGUUAGAGAGAUAUGUGAUAAACACUCGGUACUCCUAAUCCUUGAUGAAGUCUUCUGUGGUAUGGGUCGAACUGGAUCAAUGCACGCGUGGGAGCAGGAGGACGUGUAUCCUGAUAUCCAAACCGUCGCCAAGGGCCUUGCGGCGGGGUAUGCUCCCAUUUCUAUGCUCCUCAUGAACCAGAGAAUUGUCGAUACUAUUCAAGCCGGUUCUGGCUUCUUCAAUCACGGGCACACAUAUAGCUCUCAUGCUGUAGCUUGUGCCGCUGCGUUAGCCGUCCAGCGUAUCAUCAAGCGAGACAAUCUCCUCCAGAACAUUCAGACGACCGGAGAUUGUUUAGGAAGAGGGCUGAGGGCAGCUUUGGGUGAUCAUCCACACGUCGGUAAUAUCAGAGGUCGAGGACUCAUGUGGGCAGUGGAGUUUGUGAACGACCGUAAGACAAAAGAGCCGUUCCCUCUAAAGGAACGCGUCGCAAGUCGCAUAAAGUCUGCGGGAUUGAAGGAUCCGUGGAACAUUGCACUCAACGCAGGUAUGGGCACGGCGGAUACCAUUGCUGGCGAUCACAUUACGAUUACACCGCCUUACAACAUUACUGUGGAAGAAGUUGAAUUGAUCAUCGAUCGUAUAAAGGGGGUAGUAGAAGAGGUUCUCGGCUCAAAGCCUUAG